UGUCAGGACAUCUCAACACUAGAAUACCGCCACCUCUUCAAUCAGCUCUCCUCCCCUGCACUUAUCAUGGGUGACUUCAAUGCCCACCACACUCAUUGGGAGCCGUCCCUCUUUGCGGCUCAGCAGAACCGUUCCGGCCACUCCUUAGUGGAUUUCCUCGCCGGCAGUGCCUCCUUCUCUCUUCUCACCCCCCCGGACCUUCCCACCCGGAUUGAUCCCGCCACAGCCAGGGCCUCCACCCUUGACCUGUGUCUUGGUAGUGGUCCAUUGCACCUCAUCACUGUCACCACCGGGCCACACAUCGGCAGCGACCAUCUUCCUGUCAUUCUUACCUUCCCGUCACUACACCCGCCACCCCAGGCCCCAGGCCGCCCUAGAUGGUCCCUUAGGGCUGACAACUGGCACUCCUUCCUAGAACACCUCUCUUCCUCGCCCCUCCCCCCCAACCCUUCUUCUGACACAGCCAUAGAGGCCCUAGCUGACACCUUGGUGGUCGCGGGGUCCCAUUGCUUCACCUUUCGUUCCUCUCAGCCCCCACGUCUCCUUCGGGCCCCUUGGUGGAACAGACAGUGCGAGGCUGCGGUGAGGGCCAAGCGCGGGGCAUUCAAUGCCUGGCGUCGCAGGCCCAUCCCGGAGCUGCGCCGGAGGUUCCACCAGUUGGAGGCUCGCUGCCAACCCUAGAGGACCUGCUGGGCAGCGACGCCCUCACCCCCACCACUGCCUUCCACGCCCUCAAGUGCACGCAAACCUUCCUGCAGAAGUCGGGGCAACUCGACAGGAUCUAACUCCCGCCCUGGUGACAGGACGGCCAGCACAACCAACAACUCCUGAUAACAACUACCACUGACGGGGCUCUAGAGGCUGUGGGUCCACAGCCUAAAUAGCCCCAUAAAACACCCACGAAGAAGAAGAAGAAGAAGAUG